AUGCGCUUCGUCGCCUUGGUCCACGGCUGGCCGUUCAGCAGGAUCUCACCUUCCACGCCACUCUUUCGACCAGAGAUGCAGUCGAGAAGCGAGCUCUUGCCUGCACCCGACGGUCCCAUGAUGACGAGCAGCUCGCCGGGUUUCGCCGAGCCACUGACGUUGUUCAGAAUAACCUUCUCUUCGGUCUUCUUUGUCGCCGGGUUCUUCACCUCGGCUUUGAGACUCAAGUUCCUCCAUUGGAGCGUGAACUUGGCCGGCUCGGGGGCAAACCCUCGUGUCUUGGGCGUGUCGUUGACCUGA